CAGUCUGGCAGCAGGAAGUCUGGACGCGCUCAGUCACAUUCUCCACCGUGACCUCGGAGGACAUGGGCUAAACUCACCCUGGCGCACUAGCAUGAAUUACUGGACUAAAUCAUCGGUUCAUCAGUCCCAUGCCAUCAGCAAGCAGGCGUGGGAAUUAAUCAACGUGAAUAGUCCGAAGUUGCCAUCCGACCAGCGGCCAACGUGCCGCUGACUGGAGUCGGCAACAUGGCAAACGUUAAAGUGGCGAUUCGAGUACGUCCACUCAACUCAAGGGAAAGCGUGGAGGGGGGACGAAUGGCAGUACAGGUGGAGGACAAGGUGGUGAGGAUCAAGAAUACGAAGCUGGAGGGGCGCGGUGACUCUCGGGAGCGUCUGAUGGAGUUUGGCUUUGAUUACUGUUACUGGUCCGUGGACCCCGAGGGGCCCAACUACGCGUCCCAGGAGGAGGUGUUUCAGGACCUGGGCGUGUCGGUGUUGUCUGGAGCAUCGGAGGGCUAUAACGUGUGUCUGUUUGCGUACGGCCAGACGGGAUCAGGGAAGACCUACACCAUGAUUGGCACCCCGGACUCCAUGGGGCUGACUCCAAGGAUCUGUCAGGGACUUUUCCAUUCGGGGGCCGACGCCUCUCCAGAAGGACAGAGCUCUUGCCGCGUGGAAGUGAGUUUCCUGGAGAUCUAUAACGAGCGCGUGCGGGACCUGCUGAGGAGCCCGGACCAGAAGAAGCCAGCCGUGCUUAGAGUGAGGGAGCACCCAGAGACGGGCCCCUACGUGCAGGGUUUGUCUCAGCACCGGGUCACCGACUAUAAGCAAGCUUUGGAGAUCCUGGAGAGAGGCAUCGGCAACCGCAUCACCGCGGCGACGCACGUCCACGAUGCCAGCAGCCGGUCGCACGCCAUCUUCACCAUCCAGUACACCCAGGCCACUCUGGAGAACAACCUCCCGUCCGAAAUUGUGAGCAAGAUCAACCUUGUGGAUUUGGCUGGCAGUGAGAGAGCGGACCCACACUACUGCAGAGAUCGCAUCACGGAGGGAGCCAACAUCAACAAGUCCCUGGUCACCCUGGGCAUCGUCAUCUCUGCCCUGGCCCAGAACUCCCAGAUGUUCAGCAGCUGUCAGAGCAUCAACAGCGUGGCCAGCGAGGGCGAGGGCAGCCUGGGGGGGGGCAGCCUGUCCAGCUCCCUGUCGGGCAGCAGCAGCCGCAGACACUGCUUCAUCCCCUACCGGGACUCCGUCCUCACCUGGCUCCUCAAGGACAGCCUGGGGGGCAACUCCAAAACCAUCAUGAUAGCCACCGUCGCCCCCUCCUGCAGCAGCUACAACGAAACCCUCAGCACCCUCCGCUACGCAGCGCACGCCAGGAACAUCGUCAACAAGCCCAAAGUCAACGAGGAUGCCAACGUGAGGCUGAUCAGGGAACUUCGCGAGGAGAUUGACCGUCUGAAGACCAUGCUGCUCAGCUUUGAAAUGCAGAGGGACCCCAGCCCCUCCCUGAGUGACGAGAGAGACGGGAGCCUGUCUGACAUCGUGCUUCAGAACGAGCUCAAGGUGGACCAGCUGACGAAGGACUGGUCCGAGGGCUGGAGCCACAAGCGGGAGCUUCUGGAAGCGUACAGCAUGGACAUCGACCGUGACCGCGCCGGCUUCCUGGUCCACGCCCUGGUGCCGCACCUCAUCGCACUAGACCGGGACGUCCUGAGCACCGGAGUCACCUUCUACCACCUCAGGGAAGGGUUAACCAGGAUCGGACCUCGAGGGAACGCCCAGGAGGAACUGCAAAUAGUCCUGCUAGGUGGCACUAGCUGCGAGAUAGAAAAUCAGUGUGGGGUCGUGACCUUGAGGCCUCUGCCAGGCCAGGUGUGCAUUGUGAAUGGACGAGAGGUGACAGAGCCCUGCAGACUGGCACAAGGUGCAGUGAUAAGUCUGGGCCAGUAUAAGUUUCGGUUCAACCAUCCAGCAGAAGCUGCCGUUCUUAGAGAGCGGAGACGGACCAGUGACGGUGCUCUAAGCUGCAGCCCAUCUGAGCUGGGCUCUCUCAGUGCUGUUCCGAGUGUGGAGGGAGCUGGUUGUCCGGGUGAUGCACCUCCUCCCUGGCAACGUGUGGAGGAGCAGCAGCGCUAUGUGGAGCUCCUGCACGAGGAGAUCCAGGUGGAGCAGAGGAAAGCGGACCGGGACCUGGAGAUAGAGCAGGCCCACCUGAAGCACCAGCAGUCUGAGAUUGAGCAGUGGAUCCUGAAGCAGAAGCAGCGACUCACAGCCAUAGAGCAGAAGGUUACUCAAGAACUGGGGGUGCAGACAGAACUUGUGACCCCUCCCGUGAUGGAUGCGUGGUCUGGGGAGGCGGAUCAGGAGGGCAGCAGACCCCCAUCUGUGGUGGUGGGGGACCACAAGCAGGUGGUACAGGAGGAGCUUCUCCGACACCAUGCAUUGCAUCGAGCAGAGAACCGCGUAAGGCGCAAACGGCUGCACUACCAGCUGCAGAGGAUCGCUCGCAAGCGCCACCUUCUGGAGGCCAAGGGUGAGCUGCAGCGUCUGAUGAACAGCGUACCACCAGGUCAGGAGGGCCCUUUGUCUCCUGAAUUCGACUCGAGUUCAAGAGGGCGGACACUCCUACGCAGACACUCUUUUUCUACAGAUCUGCUGUCACGUCUCUUUCCCCAACAUACACCCAUCUUUUGUCAGUUCCUGAAGAGGAACAAAUCAUCAGAGUUCAUGUCGUUCUAUCAGGGGUCCUUUGGUCCACGAAAAUACUCCUCUGAUGAGUGGCUUCCAGAUCAGCCCAUGAGAGGGCGCUCUCACACGCUACCCUCGGGUUAUGGGAGGGGGACCAGGAGCAGGGCCGGUUCCUGUGAGAACCUUAAAGCUCCCCUGAGGGAGAAGAACACCACUGAGACCUGCAGAGGAAAGUCGCCCGGGACUAAAACAGGCCCAUCCAGACGAGGUUCCCUGCCAAGGAGUAGAUCUAACAGUCAAAGCAAAUCCACAGAAGAUACAACUACAGAUGCAAAUUCUAAGGCCAUGAAAAGACAUGUGCCUAUAAUCAGUAAAGGAAGUCUGCAGAAGAACUCUUCGAAGGGGGCGAAAAACAGCUCUAAUGGAAGCAAUAAGAGACUGGAGACGAUUCGAAAGGUUUUCUCACGUUCGGUGGGUCCUGGAAUCAAAACGGCCCUAGCAAGGGUUUUCCGCAAACCUCCAUUAGGCCUGCGAUCAGGCAGGGGUGCCAAGACUUUCAAAUCCCCAUGGAAACUGACUGGGAAGCCAGUCAAAGACAGAGAAGCUUCAGACGAUACAGAAGAGCGAGGGCACGGGCCCUUGAAGGCAACAGUGUCUUUAGACAACCUGCAGCAAACGUCAACAACAACAACAACAGCAACUCCAGAAGAAGACGCACCACAGAAGAGGCGCUGGCACAGUGCCGAGGCCCUGUCUCCUCAGAGCAGGAGGUGUGAGGGGCGACAGCAGGACCUGGUGCACUGGAUUGAGAACCUCCAUGAGGAGGAAGGGAACCUGUCCGACUGUGACAGCCUGUUCUCGGUGGACUCACUGUCCUCCGCUUACGCCGUGGCCCUGGCGGAGCAGCUCCGGCAGGAGGAGGUGGAGAGGGAGCACAGCGAGACGGAGAGCGUGGACAGUCACAUGUCCGAGGACUCGCUGGUCAUGGACAGCAGUGGGAAACAUGCCACUGUCAGACCCGCUGUGACACAGGUGCAGGUACCCAGCCAUGUUUUGUCGUCCAGUAAAACUUCUCAGCCAUCUAAAAAGGAAAGAACCACUGUGGAGAGUCAACAACGAGGGAGAGCGGAAGAGGUGGUUGGGGAGGCAUCGGAUGAAAUGCCUGCAGAGGUUUACUGGAGCUUGGGUGGAACUCCAAAGCUGAAAGCUCGGAGGGAAUCUGGAGGAACACCAGGGCCUGCCUAUGAGAAACAACCUUGUGCAGACCGUUCCCAUGGAGAUGAUAAAGUCCUAUCAAAGAUGAGCGAAGAACCAGCCAGCUGCCCUCCUACCAUGGCCAGCACACCUCGUUCCCUCAGCAGCUCCAGUGUCAGAGAGCCUGAGAGCUUGCUGGCCUUGACCGACGCCUGGUCCUCCAUGGACACUGCAGAUAGUCCAAGGAUAGCCCCCUCCUCAGGCCGGAGAACUGCCUGUGACCUGCUCAAGGGAAGCGACAGGAGCCUGAGCUCCAGCAGUUCAGAUCUGUCUGACCACACGAGUGGGUCUGAGCUCCAGAGGUCAUUGUCUGCUGAGUCCACAGAGGGUGAGAAUACCAUGCUGCAGGGGGAAAGGUACUGGGAGCCUGACAGAAGUGUUGAACAACCAGUAAGUUGCUGUUUGAGAACUUCAUCUGAAGUGGUGCUAAGGUCAGGAAACACCCUGACUCUAUGCUGUGAGGCGAUGGUCAAUGAAUCUGAUGAGCUGCUGAACUCUCAACAUUUUGAAGGAGAAUUGAGACACAAAGAGUCAGAGGUCAUGCAGUGUGAAGAGGUUUUUGUGAAUGAAACACAACUGGUGUACUCACAUGUGACAGGUGCUCAUGGUGAGAUGAUCUGGUCGGAAGAGACCCAGCCAAGAGCAGACGAUGUACCAAACAAAGUAGAAGCAUUCGACAAGAGUAACAAUGAGUAUAUGGCUGCCUCAAAACAGUCAAAUCCCAUGGAUCUCACACCAACCUCAGUGAAGGCAGAUGUAUCUGAUAUUUUGGAGUUAGUUCCAGAAUGUCCAGGAAGGAAUGCAGAUGUAUCUGAUAUUUUGGAGUUAGUUCCAGAAUGUCCAGGGAUGAAUGCACAUGUUAGCCUCCAAGGUAGUGCAGGAACAAGCACAGUGGGAUAUGUGGCAGAAGACGUUAGACUAAACGAGGCUAAAGAAUCGUUCAAUAUUUGUAGAACAGAUGUCUCGGAGGUAGAAGAACGACAUGAUCAAUACUGUUCUCAAGUUGAAAAUAUGUGUCUCUGUUCCUGUGAUGUUGAACAUCAUGUACACGAUGAUGAGCCUCAGGCAGGUUUGACCCCAAAAAGCACUUUAAAAGGAAUACCUGAUCAGUGCCUUCAGACUUCCAGUCAUUAUCUCCAUUCCACAGCAUCUGGAAGUGUUCUCGCUUCGGAGCAAAAGCAGCAGAGCUCGCUCGAUGUACCUGAAGAAGCACAAAUUCAUCACGGCACCAGCGCUGAUGUUAUCGGAUCUCCCAAUAGGGUCAGUGGGGAAAGCACUAAAAUCGGCAUUGAUCAUGCGGUUGAAGGCUACAUUGAAACAACAUGUAAAGGAAUCCCUGCAGAUGCCAAAGAUUUGCCUGUGAGCAUAAAAGCACAGCAAAAUGUGCUUGAUAGCUUUGGGCAUGUUACCUGUUGCACUGCUGCAGAAACCAGCCAGAAUCAAGAGUCAGAGCUGCAUAAUACAUCAUGUAGGAAAUCAAGAAAAAGGAUCAAAGAUAGCCAAGAUGCAUUUACAAGCACUUUAAAAUUCCCCAAAAGAUGUCAUUCUCCCCCUGCAAAACCCAUACAUGUGACUCCCAACAAGACUGACAAAGACCACAAGGAGAAUUACAACAAGGAAGUGAAUGAAUCUUUCAAAUCUAAAGAUGAACAUACUGUGGAAAAGAAGUCAUGCCCUCUGUCUGAAGCAAAGUGUGUUGCUGAACUGAGUGUUGCUGAAAAGAAUAGUGAGAAUGAGGUUAAAACUCCAGCUAACGCCAAACCAGGCAGAUUUGACACGAACGACUCUUACAUUAUCAAUAAAAAAAUAUCAGAAGUAGUGCAGAAACAUCUAGAAAUGUCAAUUGAUAGUGGUAACCAAGAAGGUACAUUUUCAGUAACUAACAGUGAUUCUACUAAGAGUCUAAAAGACAUCAGUGACGAGUGUAUACAACACAACACAGACAGUGCCCAUGAUUAUUGUCCCACAUCUUCUCAGACAGUCUCCCUCUUGCCACAAUCUCUGAAGUUAAAUGAAAACUGCCUCACAAAAGAUGUACCGAGCUGCAGCCACCGGCAAGACUUUGGAUCGACCCAAAUUCCAAAAGACCAAAGACCAGGUUGUGGGACUAGAGAGGUCAACACACACAUGGACACAAAGAGCCUUAGGAGCAGUGCUGGACGCACAAGUGAAGAAAGUUUAAACAAAGGCUCGUCUGUACUGCUACAACAGGAUAUCCCAAAGGAAUUGCAAAUGGAUAGCUGUAAGUCGAAACAAGACAUAAUGCCUUGUAGUUUAAAAGAAGCUGGGAAAGCAGUCCAGUCAGAUGUAUGUCACCUCAGUGCCAAGCUGGAAAAGGGGACUCUUAGUGCUGGCAGCUCGAUCCAGCACACGGAAUCACUGAAAGUAGCAAACAUGGAGAAACACAAGGCCUCAGUCAUGACUGAACGACUUGGAGUCUCUGAAAGCAGCCCAGCUCGCACUGUUGAAGCUACUGUUGGAGAAUCCGCUACAUUAUUUGCAAAAAGUGAGUUUACAGAGGAUAUUGUAAACAGUUGUGAGAUCCCUCCAGAAGAGGAAAUUAGCAACGUGUCAUUAUCAGUGCUUUGUCCUGGAGAGGGAGACAAUGAAGCAUGGAUUGAUGAAGCAAGCAAAGAGAGGGCAUACUCUCAGAGGAUGAAUAUACUGACAGAAAAGUCUGAUUUGUACACAAAAAGUAAAUUUGUUGCUACAGAAGUUCAUCCUGUUGACUUAAAUGGACAGAACACAGGAGUUUCUCACUUGAGCGAUCCAUUGAAACAGACUGGUGAAAUGUGUAUGCUAGAGUCUCACACUAAACAACCAAUAAUACUAUUUUCACAAGCGGAGCACAUGCUAGACCAACUUAAUCAAUCAAAGCAUUCACAAGCGGACCAUAUGCUAGACCAACAUAAUCAAUCAAAGAAUUCACAAGUGGACCAUAUGCUAGACCAACAUAAUCAAUCAAAGCAUUCACAAGCGGAGCACAUGCUAGACCAACUUAAUCAAUCAAAGCAUUCACAAGCGGAGCACAUGCUAGACCAACAUAAUCAAUCAAAGCAUUCACAAGCGGACCCUAUGCUAGACCAACAUAAUCAAUCAAAGAAUUCACAAGCGGACCAUAUGCUAGACCAACAUAAUCAAUCAAAGCAUUCACAAGCAGAGCACAUGCUAGACCAACAUAAUCAAUCAAAGCAUUCACAAGCGGACCAUAUGCUGGACCAACAUAAUCAAUCAAAGCAUUCACAAGCAGACCAUAUGCUAGACCAACAUAAUCAAUCAAAGCAUUCACAAGCAGAGCACAUGCUAGACCAACAUAAUCAAUCAAAGCAUUCACAAGCGGAGCACAUGCUAGACCAACAUAAUCAAUCAAAGCAUUCACAAGCGGACCAUAUGCUGGACCAACAUAAUCAAUCAAAGCAUUCACAAGCGGACCAUAUGCUAGACCAACAUAAUCAAUCAAAGCAUUCACAAGCAGAGCACAUGCUAGACCAACAUAAUCAAUCAAAGCAUUCGCAAACUACCUUUGAUUUGGUAGAACACAGUGCUCAAAACCUAAAUACGAAUGUGAAAACUUUCAGUUCACACAUGACAAUCAAGGUCCCACAACAGAGAAAUGUUGAAACUAAUGAAUCCUCCAUAGGAAACUCAAACACCCUGAAAUACCAAGAGAUCAUACAAGGUGAUGCUAUUGGUGAUUCUAGUAACCUUUUACUGGGUGCUGAGGAAGCUAAAGUGGGUCAAGAUUGCUUGCAGGGAAUACAGAAGGGGGACCACAAUGGCAGUGCUUUGUCCUUAGCUUCAUGCCACAGACCCCCACACGUCAGUGCUGCUCUGCAAGCCCAGACUGACCCUCAGCAAGAACAUUUCCAGCAUGCAGAGCUGACUGUGUUACCUCUCUCUCGAACAUACUCCAAACAAUUUAGCACUCCAGGACCCAGGUACAUUAACAAAAUUGAGUUAGAGGUUUCAUGUAAUGGGGAGCAUUCGGCUGAUGGAUCAGAGGAAAUGUUACUGAGUGAGUACCAGUUAACCAGCCAAGAGCAACCUAGCUUUUUACGGAGGAAAAAUACAGAGCAAUCAUCACAGGAAGUGACAUCAAAUCUGAAAGUUAAAUCUGAGGUCUCUGUUGACAUAUGUGGGCCUAGGAGGACUCAAUACCAAAUGUCAGAAGGCUCUGAGGACACUGAUUCAAUAGAAAAUUCAAGGAUAAGUGGAUAUACAAGUAGAUUAACUCUUGCAAAACCCAUGGACUGCAAAGACAACAAAAUAGCUGAUAAUCAGAAAGUGAAGACAAAGAAGUUCAGAAGGGCUCAAGUCACGGCUCCUCCCAGUUCGUCAAGUGAGUCAGUACCCGACUCUUCCUCAAAUGAAGAUAUUCCAGAUAAGAUGUGUCAACAUAGAUCUUCAGCCAGACCCAAACCUGAAGCACAGAUUUGUGAUAGACAAAAAGAAUCAAGACUCAGCAGAUUAGGCCCACAGUUUACUGAAGACCAAAGACUCAGCAGAUUAGGCCCACAGUUUACUGAAGACCAAAAGUCAAAAACACCCUCCAGUCAAAAUCAAUUUGCACUGGAGAGGAAAGUUAAAGAGAGACAUCAUUUACAGUCUCCAAGCAGUAGAAUUGCACUUGCAAAUGCUAAAUCUUCCUGUGCUCCUGUGCUUACUCAACAAGAUGAUGAUAAACAGAACUUUUUCCCUACGCGAAAGGAACCCAAGCCCGCAGAGACACUGCAUUUGAGUGAGAAAAAAGUUAAUUCAAAGGUUGUUUCACCCGUAAAUGAAAACCAAUGUAAAAUCACAGAUGAUACCCAUUUGAAACACAUUUUAAAUGUGUCUAAACAGUUGAGAGAUACCCCAUUGGAUAAUGACACAUUGAAGAAAGAGGAUGCUGUCCUGCACUUUGCUUCUAUUGACAUCAACCCGUUCCUUCACCCAUGGCAAGACACAGAGUCCAAUAAACCAACAUACAAAAACCAAGUGUUUGGAAGUGCAGCGGAGAUCUGCAGCAAAUACCCACUUCUGAAUUGUCCUGACAGGCAGAUAACUAGAUGUUUGAGUGUGGACAAUGGUCUCAACGUUCAGAAUGCCCCAUUUAACUCCCACCUCAGCACUUAUGCAAACAGCAAGGGACUCUCCAGUACCCUUAGCAGCGUGGAAGAUUUUAAAGAGCAGGUUGGCACGCAGUCCAAUCUGCUGGCAUGUUGCCACACCUCUCUAGAUGCAAAUGGGCUAAAUCUGACUGCUGUAUCUUACAGCUCCUCGUACAGCGAGGCCUCUGGGGAUUUGGGGAACAGUUCAGGUCAAGUGGAUGAAAUCAUGUUGGUUUACCCUUCUGAACAAGAUUCUCAAAGCCUGGAAAACCAGAGCAUCAGCAUGUGCAACCACAGCACUCAGACAGUCACUCCCGGUGGAGACUCGAAGAGAAGACGAUGCCACCACAGGAGCAGCACACAGGUAGAGACGACCUUGGAAGGGAAAGUUCCCGCCACUUGGGCUAGUCUUCAGAAUAUGUCUGCUCAUCUGUCUGAGCUGAUACACAACACUUCUGACCUUCUGGGCAACAUUCAGUGCAUGAGGACUGGACCCACACAAAGGCAGGAGCACAUGCGGAAGACCAGAGUGUCCAACAGGUAUCCCAGACACACCAACAGGAAAGACGGAUCGACCCAAACGACACUGGACAUUGGAAUACAAACCGAAGGAGAAGAUAGUCGAGUGAACCACUCUACGAUCACACACAAAGCUCCAAUUACAGAUACACAUUCCACCGCCCAUGAAGUCAAUGUUAUUGUCAAAGUCAUUGGUCCGAAUUCCCUCAGUGUAUCUGAGGGUAAUGAUAUCACUCUUUCUUUGUAUGACAGAGGAGGGAGUGGAAGACUAUCUGAAAAUAUCAAGAGCAUGCCUGACUUACGAGAGAAUAGAUCCCGUUCUGCAGGACGGAUGAAUCCUAAAGGUACCCCUGUGAAAGUUCCCUCUCUAGAGACAGUGUUGCCAGGCAACAGCUACAUCACCCCCGAUGUCUCUCCAAUUUUCACUAAAGACCUAAACUUUGACAAAGUCUCCCCCUCAGGUUUCGGAUUCCCAACAGUUAGAAGGUGCUCUUCACAGAUUGAUGUUCCAGAAAGUCAAACACCUUUGAGAAAUGGCAGGAAUUAUUCAAGCAAGCAAGUUAGCUUCACUGACCGUGCCUCCUCGCCUAUCCUCACUGUUGAGGUCGGUGUAGGAGGACAAGAAAUAAGAACAUCUACACCAUGUCAUGACACAGCUGACAGCCAUACUGAAAAACAGAUGUACACCAGCAGAAUGACAUCUCCAAGGAAUGAGACGCUUCAGACUACCUCUACUCAAAGCCACCCAGGAGAACUACAUGACCAUGAUCUUAGGAAGACAUAUAGUUCUUCAGAUAUAUCAAUUGGAACUAUCUCUACAGGACAUAUCAGUGACCUCAGUAAAUCUACUUCAGAUGUUUCUAAUGCAUUCUUGACUAUCUCAUCUCAAGGCAAAAAACAGAACUGCAGAGCAUUUUCUCACAGAAACACCAGUGAAAAAGUAACUGGUCAGACUCCUUUUCAUAGACCUCCCUAUCCACAAAAUCCAAAAUGGGUGCCUUCUCCCUCUCAUUCUUCCUCCUCAUACCAGCAGCCUGUCCAUGACAGACAAGCGAGACAGCUAUUUUCAUCGUUUGACCAUCAGGGGGGACGCAGCAACCUGGUCACAGAAACCCCCCACAGAGUGCCAGAAGAUCUGGGAGCAUUCUGGAAUGGACCCUUUGAGCUGCCGGACACCUGUCAGGAGCACAUUCUAGAACAUCAGGAAGAUGACCUUAUGUCAGUUGCUCCAAGUGAGUGUAACACUGAUGUUUUGGUCAGUAUAAACCCCCUCACUGAAACUCUGUCUCGAGAAAAUCGGCAACUGAUCCCUGAAGACUUACCACUGCACAACAAAUUCAGCAACUGGUCUGGCCUAAGCCAAUACCAACCCACACGACUCAUUGGGAGUACCCAGAGGCCUAAUGACAAACGCAUAUCAGUGCAGAACCCACUUAGAAAGCACUCACAGUCAGAGAGUUUGAGCUCCAACUUGAACCCUAACCCUGUCGCACACAAGGAUGACAGGAUGAGGGAGAUAGAGAGGCUGCGUAAGGAGAGAGAGACGGUGAUGGCCAGUGUACAAUUAGAGAUGAACCCCCACCAGCUCACUGUGGAAAUGGCAGAAGCAAAGUUGCAUUAUGGGCUGGGAGAGACCGACGCCCUGCUCAAGGUGCUAAAGUCAGGCCCCAGUGAACAGUCCCCACCUCUCACCAAGCAGCACUUGUAUGACAGGCAUAGAAAGAGCAUUGAAGGGCUUAGCCAGGAGAGAGAUGCUCGUCUUCAGACUUGUCGUCGCGCUCGCAGUCUCAGUCCAAGCAAACAUGGCGGCGUUCUCAGGCGUGACCCAGACUCCUCCCCCAAGAGCAAUGACACGCCCACUCGCAGACGGGAGUACCUGCAGCAGCUCCGACAGGAAGUGGUGGAGACCAGCAGAGUCCCAGAGCCUCCGAGGAGGGAGGGUCAGUGUCCAUCUGAGAUCGAGAUCCUGCUGCGGGACUACAGCCGCGCUCGCGAGGAGGCGAGGACGGAGAUCGCCCGCGCACGCGACCGUCUGCGCGAGCGCACAGAGCAGGAGAAGAGACGCCUGCAGCAGCAAACACUGUCUCAGAUGGUCAGGGAUGACUUGCGCUUUCGUAACCGCGUUAGCAACAGCACGCUCUGCACCGGCUCCAGCCUCAGCCUCGCUUCCAGUCCCACCUCGGGGUACAACAGCAGCAACCCCGCCAUCCUCCGAGACAUGCAGGGCACCAGCGCCCUUGAGAUGGGGUCCAAGGUCGUGGCCCGGCCUCCCAUCGGUGGAUCCCAGAGUCUGAGGUCCCAGCGUACGUGGACAUCUGCCCAGGAUAUCCGACUGGAACAGCAGGGGUCAGGAAGUGAUCCUCAUCCGUCCUCCUCCCCUUCCUCCCCUCCUCCAUCUCUCCGCCAGCGAGCCCUGUCCUUUGGCUCCCCCUCCUCCCUGGCCACGGCCUACCAUGACAUCGCCUCUCGUGCCCUCACUCACGCUCUGGCUGAAGUCCGUUUGGCCAGUGCUGGGGAGUUGAGCAACCUGCUGGCUGGGAAGAGUGCAGCUGGGUGGAGGCACCAGGGCUCGGAGCGUGGGGUGCAGGUGUUCCAUAAGCCGGGCCCCAGGGCCACAGUGCAUGGCUUCCUGGGGGCCAUGGAGCUGGAGCGGCCGGUGCAGAGCCUGUGGAGUGUGAUCCGAGACCAGUCCAAAACCCACCUCUACAACUCCUCCGUCAGCUCCAGCUGGACCCGCGCGCUGGACGAGACCACUCAGCUGGUUUAUAUGCUGAGUAAGCCCUCCUCCUUCAACCUGAAGCAACCGCGGGAUUUCUGCUGCAUCAGUACUGAGGCUAAGCAGGAUGAGCGCUGGGUGCUGGCCAUGCAGUCUGUGUAUGAGGAGUCUCUGCCGCGGCCCAGUGUGGACGCGGUCCGAGCCGAGGUGCUGCCCAGUGCCUGGAUCCUGCAGCCCAUCCGCAGGCACGGCCAGGAGCGGGUCAACGUCAUCUACAUGCUGCAGGUGGACUUGGGUCCUCCUGCCCUUCCUCACAGGCUGUUGGGUGCUAUUGCUCGGAAACAGGCCUCCGUCAUCGCUGAGCUGGAUGCCUUCUUCUCUCUGUGAAAGGGUGGUCGUCGCUGAGCUGGAUGCCUUCUUCUCUCUGUGAAAGGGUGGCCUAGACAUGCUGCAACAUGCAGCAUAUGCACAAAAGCUACAGACAUGUAGCUACGCCUGCAGAUAUCGCUAAAGCUACUGGCUAAGUAUGGAGCUGGAAGGAGCAGCAACCACUUCUCGUUAAGCAUGAAGCUACCACUAUAUCUACAGGACACAAGUGCAGCUGCAUGCUAUAGAUGCUAUAAAUAUAUAUUUCUGUGUGUCUACAUCUGUAGUUUGCAGCUUUGUGUGUGAGCACUUCCGCUUACAGAAGGGUUUGUAAGGCCCUCACUGAAAUUUGCACCACUUUGUUCUAUUUGAUUUGAUUAUGUAAUUAUGUGUUAUGUUUCCUUGACUUGAUACUAUAUCCGCACUGAUGAAAUGUAUAUAUUGUGAAUCUGUCUUCCUGGUUUCUGAUGAAGUGUUUUUUAUACUGGAGUUGCAUAUAAUUUUUUUUUAUUAAUUUUAUCUAAAUCUAUCAAUCAUUUUGUGCCAAAGAGUAGUGUAGUUUCAUGUUGUUUACAAUAAUUGCCUUUUUAACCUAAAUGCCCUUCAUAUAUUAAUGACUCCAAAGUGCCUGUUACCCCCAAUAGUCCAUGGUUAUGUAUUGCACAUGUAAACCACAUUGGACUGGUACUUCAUAAGCAGAGUAUAGCUGUUGAAAUCAAAGUGGGUGGUGCACGUUGGUGUAAUUUGAUGACUACGGUCAGUCAGCUUCAAUUUCUAGCUAGGAACUGAACAAAUUAUAUAAAGGUUUAUGAAAUCUCAAGUUCCUGUCAACUGAUAAACCUGUAGAUUCUGACACGUUUUUGGUUCCAGGCUGUGCAAAUCGUACGUUUCUGUACAUGAGCAAAUGUUUUGUGGUUUACCUGCUCAAUCUCCGAGGCUGAUGUUUAGUCUAAACACUUCUGACUUCUCAACAACCACUCUUAACGAGCAAACACUUAAACGUGUGCACUAAAAUAUGCCAUUAUAUAUGUAAAGAUCUAUUUUUUUGUAUUUUUAAGUCCUGAUAAGCUUAUUUUAUGUCUUUUAAAAUCAUAUUUAUAGAUGCCUACAGUAUUUUAUUUGGAAAAUCAGCUCCAGCUGUUUGCAAUUGAAGGCCAUCAGCAAAUUCGUCUUAUUGCUUAUCAUUCCAUUUGACAUGAAGAAGUUAAAUAAUGAGUUGUAGACCACUGGCAGCUCGUCUUGUCAAAUCUUAUCCGAGUCUUAACACUUUUUUGUUGUAACACUGUCUUGGUUCCCUGUGGAACCCAAAAAGAAGGACCUAGAGGUCUCCAUUUCCUCUGGGACGAAAAAUAUGCAGAGGAAUUGUUCUCCUUUCAAUUUUGAAUAGACGUUACAAAAUCAUUGUACAACCGUAAAAUUAAUAUGUAUGUGUAUACAUCUAUAAAUGUAGCAUUUGACAAAAAUGUGCACCAUUUAAAAAAUAUGUAAUUUAUCAUUUAUGUUUGUGGUAUUUCUUUUGUAUCUAAAUAUUUUAUACUUCUUCUGAAUGUUUAAUUUAUGUGCAUAAGUGCAUUAUUUUCAUACACACACCUUUCUCACACA